AUGGGCCGACAGCGCUUGGGCCACAAGGAGCCGCGCACCGCCCGGAGCUCCCCCGCCCUCGGGCGCGUGCUGCCAGUCCUUCUAGUGGUGCUGACGCUGCAGAAGGUCGAUGCCGGGUGCACAGGGGGCUUCCUCAAGCUUGACCUGCUGUCCACCAGCGGUGGCGCCGGCUGCGACGGCAGCCUGCAUGCCCUCUGCCUCCCUAGCCUGCGCGUGGGCGUCGCCGCCAACUGCAGCGUCGCGCUCACGCCGCUGCCGCUCAGCGGCGGCGUCGCGUCUGUGCCGGGCAUCUGGUCCAGCAACCCAGGCAGCACCUACACACGCCCGUUGGGCUGCCCAGCAGCGACGACAGCCGGCGUGGACCCAGAAGGCGGCUCUAGCCCCACACCAGCGCAGCUGAGGGCGGCCGUCCAGUUGGCGCUAGAGCGGCACGUGUAUGGCGCCGCGCACCAGCUAGGCAUCGCCAGCCUGGCCUGGGCAAACGGCACGCUGACGGCCACCACCACGACCGGCACCUGCGCUUUGAAAUACGCCAUCACGCAGGUCUCCCCCGCCUCAGGCAGCUACGCUGAGCAGCUUGGGGCGGAUGCUGUGCCCGCCCAGUGCGAUGUGGAGGGCGUGCUGCUGGAUGGCGGCGAGUGCCAGAUGAACCUGGCCGACAGCUGUGCGCCGGGCAGGCGGCCGGUGGAGCUGCCGCUGGGGGGCAAGGCCUGCGCGCUGUGCCGGGCAGGAACCUACUCGGGCACCGGCACCGGCUGCGCUGCCUGCGCUGCUGGAAAGUAUGCCGGCAGCGUGGGGGCCUCGUCCUGCUCCCCAUGCGCCGCCGGCACCUUUGCACCAGGAGGCAACUCCGCGUGCGUGCCAUGCAGCCCUGGGACGUACCAGGGCGCGCAAGGCAAGGCAGCCUGCGACCCCUGCCCUUACCGCUCGUAUGCGAGGCUGCCUGGCGCCACGCUGUGCUACCAGGUACUGUCGGUCACAGCCGCCGGCACCCUGCCCGCCGCCGACUGCGCUUUGGGCCCGCAGCUCGCUUUUGCCAGUCCGCCGCUGUUUGGGCGGUGCAGCCUGGCGCCGCCUGGCGCCACCCUGCUCAGCCUGUACGUGGACCAGUACUGCGGGGCGGUGCUCACUCCCAUGUCCGACCCGCAAUGCGCGGAGCCGGGCGCCUCCUACUGGCCCAGCAUGAGGAUCGCCGCCCACUUUGUCACCCCCACGCUCAUAGCCACCCGCUUCAAUCCCGCCGCCACCUCUCCCACCAGCUCCUACCUGCUGUCCCUGACGCCCGCGGGCCCCGACACCCUGACCCUGUCUUACUGGCCAGCCACGACAGACCCCACCCAAGCAGCCUUGGUGUGCACCGGCACAGCGACGGUGGUGGGCGGGCAGGUGGCAGGCGUGCCCGCCACCCCGACAGCGUGCCCGCCAGGAUCCUAUGACGACUCUCAGGACGAGGAUGGCUGCCGGCCGUGCCCUGAGGGGUCUGGUUGUGACCUCAAUGCCAUCUCCCCCACACCCUGCCCGGCCGACCACUACCAGCCCUACCUGGGGGGCAGCCAGGCCUCCUGCCAGGCGUGCAACGCCUCUGAGGACCCCCGCCACACCGCCAACGCCGGCGACGCGUACUGCCUGGUGCCGUGGGUGGACACAGAGUGCUCCCACGGCUACGAGUACGACGACGCCACCACCACAUGCUCCAUCUGCGCGGCGGGCACGCAGCGGCGGGUGGGGCGCGAGGCGGCCUGCGUGGCAUGCCCGCCUGGCCACUACUCCCCCCUCGGCGCAGCAGACUGCCUGCCCUGCCCCUUCAACCAGUUUGCGCCUUCGUACGGGCUGGCCGAGCGAAGCACGGGGGUCCAAAAGUGUUACUUCUGCCCAGUGGGUGCUGUGGCACUCUCAGGCGCGGGCGCCACCGGCCAGACUGCCUCCGUCAGCUGUGACGCCUGCCCGCCCGGCACCGUGGCCGCCAUCACGCCCCCGCUCCUGUACGCCACCUGCAAAAACUGCUCGGACGGCUACUACCGCCCCGGCUUCGCCUCCUUCAGCAACAACGUGUGCAAGCAGAUCCCGGCAGGCCAGAGGGAGGUGUCCCGUGCCUCGGCGGCCUACCCCCGCGCCCAGGUGCAGGCCUGCAGCAAGGGGGAGGUGUCUAGCUGGGCCGCCGCCACCCGCUCCCCCGCCGACCCACAAGAGUGCCAGCCGUGCCUGGGGGACAACACGUAUGCGCCGCGCACAGGCAUGUCCAGCUGCCGGCCGUGCCGGGGUGGCACGGCUCCCGGCAAGUCCAAUUCUAGCCUGGCAGGCAACGACCAGUGCGUGGCCUGCACUGGCAACACCUACCGGGCAGCGAGCAGCACCAGUCCCACCUGCCUGGUCUGUUUUGCGGGGCGUGAGGUGCACGGCAGCGGUUCGGCGUGCGUACCCUGCAUGCCGGGCUACUACAUGCCAGAUGUGGAUGGAGGCACAAACACGUCCAAGCCUGCAGCCGGGGAGGCCUGCCUGCCAUGCGAGGCAAACAGCCACCAGCCGCUGGUCGGCCAGGCCAGGUGUCAGUACUGCGCCGCCGGCCACAGCACGGAAGACGCAGGCAACACACACUGUGUGCCCUGCGCCUAUGGCUUCUAUUCGCAGUUCCCUGCCAGCCCUUGCGUCCCUGCUCCCAAGGGCACCUUUGUGAACACUACAGGCGCCACCCGAUACACACCAUGUGCGCCCGGGACGUUUAGUGAUCAGGUGGCGGCGGACCAGUGCGAUGCCUGCGGGCCCGGCCACGCGCCGUCGGGAAGCGGCGGGUGCAGCCCCUGGUGA